AUGGCUGGUCCUGGAUUCUGGUGCUAUAUUUAUGUCGUUUGUGUACUUUACCCUGUUUUUGUUUGGCCGUGUCUGCUGGUAUGUGGAGAACAGGUAGCUUUAGUUGAGGUUUUUCUGCAAGAACCAGAGGGCGUCAGCAGCGUUUUGCAAGGCGAGGUUGUCGAAGGGAGUCUGGACAACGAUCUCCCUGUAAACCAGCACAAAAGAGAUUAUACUCUCGAAGGGGACCUAAUAUUAAUGCAGAACGAGGCGCGAGAGGUCGAUGAUAAUGAUAGACAGGUAAGCCCAUGGAUCGGAGUGGUGUCUGUUAACGCGGAAGACAGAAAAACAGCGAAAGGCAAACAGGAAUCUUUCGCUUCUGCCGUCGUCAGUAAGAUGAAGAGAGCGCUGGUGCUUGGAGCGUCGGCUCUGAUCAUUUUGGCCCUGAACCAAAACACUGUGAGAGAGAUGGACCUCUCUCAAGUGCUCUCCAAACCAAUCAUCGUAAUUCAGACCUCAGAAAACGUCACCAAGCUCAUUGGAGCUCUCCUCAGGGGUCUGCAAGCAACUGCAAAAAUCAGCUAUAAGACCUUUCUGCAGGAUAACCUGGGGGCCACGCUGACCUUGUGGUCCAGCUGCGGUCGUUCGAGGGGGGGUCUGUAUGGGGAGUGGCAGGGGGUCAUCUGUACUGGAGAGAGCAACUCCCAAGUACAGAAAUACCUGCAGCAGCUUUGGAACACCAUCGUCUUAGUGGCCCUGAUCCUCUCCACAGGGGUCAUAGUUCAAGCACGCUGGCAAUACCAGGACAACCAGUUUAAUGAUGAUUCACAGUUACAUGUGAAGCAGGACAUCAUGAACCGUCUGUCUGCUUUGCAGACUAGGACCUACAGGCAGGCGAAGACAGCGGACACAGAUGACUGCGCUGUCUGUUUGGAGCAAUUCAACAACAACCAGUGUCUGCGAGUCCUCCCGUGUCUCCAUGAGUUUCACAGGGACUGUGUGGACCCCUGGUUACUCCUCCAGCAGACGUGUCCUCUGUGCAAACGGAGCGUCCUCGGUAAUUUCUGUUGAAAUGGAUUCAUGGACGGCAGCAGGACCUGGAAAUGAAGGAAUGAGAAGCAAGUCUUUGUUUUGGUGUUUGUGUCAACUCCAGUUCUUACCUCACCCCUCACAGAGUUUUCUGACUGUUCGUUAAGACACAGAACUCUGUCCAGAGACACUGAGUGACCUCCACAUGAGCCCGAUGUGGUGGUACCUGCCCUGGCCGUGGAUUACGGUCCAGAAGGCCCGGACGGCACGCGCU